UGGAAAGAUAAAGAUGAAAUGAUAAUGCAAGGAUCUGAAAAGUGGCAAAUUUUGAAAGAAUUGGAUUCAAUUAUUGCGCGAUCACCAACUUCAAUUAGUACCCUUAACUUUAUCAUCAAAAGUAAAACUCGCUAUGAUGCUUUUUAUAAGACCGAACUUAAUUCCUUUCUCAUAUCCCUCAGUAUAAAAACACUCAUAAUUUCUGGUGUUAAAACAAACAUAUGCUGUGAGACAACUGCCAGGAAAGCAUUUGAUGAGAAUUAUGAUAUUGUUUUUCUUGAGGAUGUGACUAUUACAGAUACUAAAGAGAUGCAUGAU